UCGCAAGCGCUGCAGUCUCCCCAGACCGGGACAACCGCCAUGUGUGUUUGAGCUCCUCAAGCUCUAACUGCCUCAUGAGGACGCCUGGAAAAUCAGUGUCAGCACUCUCUCAGCUGCCCCACUUCUGUCACCUCGAGCCAGACGCUGAUCCGUUCCAGUGAGCAGCAGAGAAAGCCAGCACUUCCACGCUGCACUUACAACCAGCGCAACCUAGCGAUAGCCAUUGCUAGCAUCGAUCCCCUAUAUUGCUGAUUCUCAACAAUGAUCCCCACUCACCUUCUGGAACCACAGGCUUUUAAUUAAAGGAAGGCAGAUUAUCGAGAUGGCAAUAACCUUUGUAUUGGUGGGACUCCAGAACAGCCGGCUGGGAAAAACUCUCAAUAAACAUAGAAGGCUGAGUAACGUGCAGUGAAGCUGUUCUGAGCGCAGCUGUCAGACCAGAAGCGGAGCAGACACAAGGUCUGCUAAAUCCCAAACAAGUCAGCAGAUACUUCGCAGAGGGAGUUGGCCUGCACGCAGUCUCAGAGCUUGUGGACAUAAUUUCUUUAUUGCUGUGUCCCUUAACUGCGAAAAAAAGAUGAGGGCUUACAUAUUGGUAUGUAUAAUUCUAAUGAUUUUCCUGUAUAUUGGAUGGGCCCAAGACGAUCCCUCCACUCCAAAACAUCAAAAGAGGAGAAUUCAGCAGAGACGUAGAAGAGUGCCUUUAAGGAACUUAAAUGGAAGACAAAAACUAAUUAAACCUUCGCCAAUCCCAGUUCCUUCAUCAGAUGCCCCCUUGUACAAUGGAGAUGAUAUUAUAGUGCACAUCCUACAAGCGGUUCUAGGGGUCAGUGAGCCAGCCCCAAGCUACAAUAUUUUACCAGCAAAGAAAGGUCACUGCAUGGUAAAUGGUAUAACAAUGUAUGAUAAGGCAGUGUGGUCUCCCAAACCUUGUGUGACCUGCAUGUGUUCUAAUGGGAAUAAGAUUUGUGAUGAAACGGUGUGCCCUCUUCUUACAUGUCCCAAGACGGAGAUCCCCAAUGGUGAAUGCUGUCCAGUGUGCAGUCAGACUGUACUAACCAGUAUUUCAGUGGACAAUGUACUUGAACUGUCUGGUGAUUCUCCAGAACCAACUGAACCAAAUAAUGGAGUUCUUAUGAAAUUACCCCAUACUCAAGAAGAAAUGGAUGAGCUACUUAGGAAGGAAGAAGAAAUGGAUGAGCUACUUAGGAAGGAAGAAGAAAAUCGUGUGGAAAAAAAGCCAAAGGCAGGCACACCAAACAAAAAAAAGAAAAAAGAGAAGAAAAGGCUCCAAAAACACAAUAGGAGAAAAACGGUGUCUGAUGAUGAGGCAGAACACAUUCAGGAAGAAAAAAGAAAGGCAUAUGAAGAAGAAGAAAUGAGGAUUGAGGCAGAAGAAAGACGUAAAUUAGAAGAAGAAGAAAGGAAGAAAAAAGAAGAGGAAAGAAGAAAAAAGGAAGAAGAAGAUAGGAGAGAAGAGGAAGUUAAUCGGUUAGCAAUGGAAAGAAAACAGAGAGAAAGAAAUGAACUGGACUUAGAAGAUGAUGAUGAUGAGGAUGAUGAAGAUGAUGAUGAGGACUAUAACUUAAGAGGUGACGUGUUCAGAGUACUAAGAAGACGUAUUCCAGGUUCCCGUAGGCCUACAGAAAUCCACCAUCCUCCACUGCCUCCUGGUUGCUUCAUAUCAGAGAUUACAGUUAGCUGUUCCAAUGCUAAAAUGACCCGUAUACCCCCUAUAUCUGACCCUGAUGUGAAGAGCUUGGACCUUCUAGGAAAUUUUAUUGCCUCUAUUCCAAAGGAGGCAUUUAAUGGAAUGCCUAAUCUAGAAAGGAUUGACCUCAGCAAGAACAAACUUAUGUCUACAGGUAUAGAUCCACUUGCUUUUAAGUCACUGAAGAAUCUGAGACGUCUGUAUUUAGAUGGAAAUCUCCUUGACCAAAUCCCACUAGAAUUACCAUCAACUUUGGAGGAGCUGAAAUUGAAUGAAAAUAAACUCAGUAGUCUUGAAGAAGACAGUCUGAAAGAUCUGAAGAACUUAGUCACUUUGGAACUGGAAGGCAAUCAGCUGAGUGAAGCCAAUGUCAGUCCCUUGGCUUUCAAACCUUUACAGCAUAUGUCUUAUUUGCGUAUGGGCAGAAACAAAUUUCGGACAAUACCCCAAGGACUCCCAGCAUCUAUUGAGGAACUUCAUCUCGAAAACAACCAGAUAGAAGAGAUUUCAGAAACUGUCUUUAAUCAUACUGUCAAUCUCAAUAUGGUUGUUCUACGGUAUAACCAACUGGAGGAGACAAGAAUACCUCCUCUAACCUGGAUAUAUCAUAAGAACCUGGAAUCAAUAGACCUAUCCUAUAACAAGCUUUACCAAGUGCCGUCAUAUCUGCCUAAGUCUUUACUGCACCUCGUACUUGUCGGCAACCAAAUUGAAAGGAUUCCAGGUUAUGUGUUUGCCCAUCUAAAUUCAGGGUUGGAAUAUCUCUACCUUUCUUUCAACAAGCUUGAUAAUGAUGGAAUAGAUCCAACGUCAUUUCACGGGGCAUAUCACUCACUAAGAGAAAUAUUUCUGGAUUAUAAUGAGCUAACAAGCGUCCCAGUGGGAAUGGAAGAUAUGAGAGACCUGCAUAUACUGAGGCUGAACAACAAUAAAAUAAAGGUCGUGUCUCCAAAUUGCAUCUGCAGUGCUGAAGAUGAAUGGGACUCUAACCUAGAAUAUCUUCACCUAGAAAAUAAUUAUAUCAAUACAAGAGAAAUCUCUCCCUAUGCAUUCUCCUGCAUUCGUUCCUAUUCCAGCGUUAUUCUAAAACCCCAGAAGGUCAAGUAACAGAUUUCAUCUGCCCAACCUGGCGGAAUCCCUUUAAAAUCUUAUUUAUCUCAGAGUACAGUAUAUAUUCUGUAAACAGGACCGGUCUCCAAGAAUAUUACAAUGCUCGGGAAAAUACAAAAUACAGAUAUUUCACUUUAAUUCACAGCAAGUUCUAAAACGGCAUUUAUUGUAUUUCAUUUCACAAUUCAGAUUAUCUGCACAAAAGUAAAAUAUUUUUCUUUAGUUGGACUACAGAAAUACCGGCUCACAAUUUUCACAUUCCAACCCAACCAUUGCUAUAUAUACACUCAUUAUAUCCAAGAUCAAAUAACAUAAUAUUAGCCUCUAAGACUGUGUUUCCCAAGAUGUCUGUAUUUCUGGUUGCAAUGCUUCUUUGAAAAACACAAAAUAUCACAAUGUUGUGACUUACGUACAGGUCACAAAUGUCUUUUAGGGUAUGGUCACACAUUGCAUAUACGCAGCCUAUUUCACGAGGUGCAGUGGCAAAAAUGCUGCGGCAGCCCUCUGUGCGCAGUAAAGUUUAAAGGCAGGUCCAGCACGCUGCCGUGACUGUGACGCGCUGGCCUGCCCCCAAACCUCAUUGCGCACACAGAGCUGCUGUGGAUAGCCGUUUACUCAGAUUUUGCGCAACGUGAAAUACGCUGCAUAUAUGCUACAUGUGAUCCUACCCUUAAAGGGAAUCAGGUUUUAUUUCACACAGUGCAAAUAAUCACAAUGCUAAAUUAUUUUUAAAAGUUAGAGGUGUGACCUUCUGCCUGUGAGACAGGAAAUUAGCAUUUAUUCAUAUAUGCAAAUAAGCAGCAAGUUCCCACAGGGCAGGGUGAUCUCAAGUGCCCAGCAUUGCCAUCCCCUACAGCACAGAGACUGUCUAUCAAUUUGUAGAAGAAGGAGGCAAUCACUGAGGUAAUCACACAGGUGAAAGUUCACCAGUGCUAGGACCGCUCACAAAUGCUCCAUCUCAUAGACGGCAAUGCAUUUCCGUGCGGACGCCACAGAAAGUAUAGACACAUCUAUUUUUUUCUGCAGACACUGGAAUCUGAAUUUCUGUGCCAGAAACAUCUGGAGCAGAAUCCCAUAUAUUGUGGAACUCUGCACAGAAAUUCCAUCGUGUGAACAUAGCCUACUAGGGAUGGAAAUGCAGGGGACAGAGAUUCACAUAUCUAAAGUAAAGCCUGUGAAGAUGCUUUUAACCCCUACCUGGUGCUGUGAUUAGUUAUACUAUGAGAAACCCUGUAAGUAUUGUAACCCAAAAGGUAUAAAAUGAUUUUUGUGUGUCUCUACACCUUGCUGGAUCAAGCAUGGACACUGAUGGGGAUUUUUUUUUAAAUAAUAAUAAAUAAGUUAAUAAUACAAAUAUAAAUUUUAACGCAUCUACCUUGUUAUCAAUAAUUCCACACACAUUGUUAAAGGGAACUUAAUUAAUCAAUCAAAAUGUUGUAUAACCUAUGAAGUAGGGCUGCCCGAUUUAUCACAAAAACAAUUGAAUGGUGAAUUUGUGAUGACAUGCCUGCAAAAUCCUGUGAUUAUUACCUUGCAUAUGAGUUUCAGAGGCCUGGCCUCAGACCCCACACCUCCAUGCAUGUGUGUGUGUGUGAGAUACCGUGCUGGGGUGGGGGGGAAACGAAAACAAAACUGAUGCUUGAAAUGGGGGAGGAACGUUUAAUGGGGGAUGUGGACAGGAAUUAGGGGAUAGACAUAUGAUGGGGUAUGUAAAAUGGGGAGGAUGUGAAAUGAGGGUGUGUGGACAUAAAAUGGGGUAGAUGGACAUGAAAUGGAGGAUGUGAAAUGAGGGUGUGGUGUCCCGGUACCGCAUCCUAUACGGUACCUGUUUAUAGGUCCCCAUAGCCAGAUUCCCUAGGACGUCGGGGUCCUUUUGUAUAGUCCACCCCUAGUCACCUCUCACCCCUAUAGUCAUUGCUCUAGUCUUAUGCUCCUUAUUUGUGGAAGUUUAACUGUAUAAAAUGUAUAUAAAUAGUUCAUUACCUGUGAGAAGCGUAGCGGGACCUGCGGGUCACGUGGUCAGGUGAACUCUAUGGUAUUUCUGCUUGAGGACCUUUGGAGGUCCUUGUGACGUAAUGCACUCAUUUCCUUUGUGACGGUGAGUGACAGAUGACUGGACCAAUCAAAGCGGCCCCGCCCCUGCCCAUAUAAGGGCGCGGCGGCCAUUAAUCUCUCUCUCUUGGUUCCUGGCUGUUGACGAGAAAGGAUCUGCGCUGCUGUCAUCAGUGAGUCUAGGCGUUAGCCUUGCGGCGACGGCUGUUCUAUUCCAAAUUGUGAGUGUAUCAUUCCCUAAACACUCUGCAAGACCACCGGACCUUAUCUAUCCCCUAAAUCCGGACGGAUCUUCGCAAUAUACCCUGAAUUCAGAGACUAUUAUCUAAAGUCAAGGUCCGCAACAUCUGUCAGUCAUUGAAGUAUAGAGAGACUGUUUGACUGAGACUGUUACUACUCUGUGGAUGUACCGCAAGCAGUCUUUUUUCUUAUGCACCUAUCGUUACUGGGAAGGGCGGCGAUAGGCCGAAGAGUCAUCUCAGCAUACUAGCCCUCAGCCUGGCGUCACAAACUAUAGGGUUAACAUUAACCCCUGACAUACAAAAGCAAAUCCGUGACUGUACUACCCCUACCCCUGAGGCCUACCACAAAGCCUUUUUGGCGUCACAAACAGGAUUCGGGUGUGUGCCUACUACAGUCGCCACUAGUGAAAAUGUACUCCCCCUCAGAAAACAAACUUUAUUCAUGUGCUGCAAACUGUGUUGCAGUGUACGGGAGCGGUGUCUGUGGUACACCAUACAAGGGGGCCACAAGAAAAGUAAGAGGGAGGCGAUAUAUAUACAGCUGAAAUGUGUAAACUGCGCAAUGAGUUCAUGCUGCGAUCCUUUGGUCCGGUCGGCACAGGCGGAGCCGAACUGCUGCCAGAAAAGCGCGCAAUGAAAGCCCGUGCUGCGCCACGCCCCGCCCCUGGGCAUGGCCACCAAGUUGCUGUGUCGCAGUCGAAAGGGAACUCAGAGAUACAGGAGUCAUUUCUGGAGGGACCGGAAGACGGGGCUGCACCGAUAGUGUCCUUCCUGCCGGGCGCCAUUUUGGAAAAGCCCACUAUAAAAGACGCCACGCACAGCGACCUCUUCAGUCUGCACGGAGAGCCGGAGAGUACAGAUAUGGCGGAGAGCAGCGUUUCACGUGGUGAAGUUGGCAAAAUGGCUCUGGAAAAGCGGAAAGUUGUGGCAGUCGCAGCCCGACUUUUCCAAGAACUUGCUGACCGUCUGCAGUGGUUGUCAUUAUGCGAAGAGGGGCCUGCAAUCUUCCCUCGCUGCCUGAUGAUGAUGACGAUUGGCAAGAGACACCUCCAGCGGAGAGCGCAGGGACACCUGGAGGUGCAUUACCGGUGAGAUUGUCCCCUCACCACAGAACCUGUGGCUCGUAGGCCGAGAUCCCAUCGGAGGGGUCUGCAGUAAGUACCCAGCCAGAGGCGGCCUAUUCUUCCUCCUCCAGCCCUGAGGUCAUUCCUCGAUGAAGCUUGCCAAGUGCACGACCGUGCUCACCAAAAUUGCCGCAAUGGGUAUUCGGAGAUGAGCCGGAGCUGAUCGAGUACAUGCACAGAGUACUUCAACCCUUACCUGCGAAGCCACUCCCACCAAUCCCAACUGCAGAAAGGGACCGUCAAGAAGCCGAGCUGGCCGAAUUGAUGGAAAAGUUAAAGGCCCGACACAAAGAACUCUAUGCCCCCAAGCACGUGCAUUUGCCUUAUGAAGAAAAAGUGCAGUAUCAAGAAAAUACCAAAGAAAUGGAGGCAUUGUACAUACGCAAAUGGGAUCACCCCCGAUAACGGGAGGAGCCAUUAGAAAGAAGAAGAGCAACUGUGGCCAAGUUCAACAAGGUCAGAGGUUAUGGGACACUCCUUGACUGCCACAUUGGGCAGACCAUCCUCGUAAACCGGCGAGCAGUACAAAGGCCAUAUCUCCAUAAGAAAUUCUACACCCUGGAGGUGGGUGAAAUUGUGGAGUACACCCCCGUCCAGAGCCUUCGUGGAGAAUGGGCUGCAGCGGUCACCAGACAAACAGCCCCAACACAGCUUCCAUUUAAGUAUUUUCCGUCAAAUGAUUGGGAGUCCGAUCCCUUCAACUUGAGGCUGAAAAGGUCUGCUCCUAAAGCCUUCACCAGCGUACCCAAGGAGGAGGAGCUUCAACAGCCAAGUUCAUCAUCUUCUAUGUACAGCAAAGAGUCAAGUUCUUCAUCUUCUACAUACCGUCGAGAGUCAAGUCCUGCUCAAGUUCAAGCAAGUAAGCCUAAAUUGCGGGCACCAAGGACCGUACCUAGACCCUCUCGGAGCAAUGAGAGUUUGUCUGUUCCAGAGGUACCAACGCACGUACCUAGGCCCUCUCGGAGCAAUGAGAGUUUGCCUCCUGCACAGGUACCAACGUAUGUACCAAGGCCCUCUUCUGACAUGGAGAGUUUGCCUGCUUCCAGGGUACCAACGAAAGAGUCAUGGGCCCAUCCUGGUUUGGAGAUGGUACUCAAGCCCGAUUGCCCCACUUUGAUCCCGGCUAGAAAGCCUGUGACCCCUGCUAAUGUUGCUUUCCACCACUCCAUUGUCACCAAUGUGGUGUGGCAAAGCUAUGUUAAGUCCAAUCCUGCCCCUGAUGUUGACAGAUACAGAGGAACCAGAAGAGGCACAACAAGGGUAAAGAAGAAUAUCCUCUAAAGAGACUUUAAAGUAAUGUCAGAUUGUUUCUUGUGUUAACCACUUUCAUUUUGCAGCAACCAAGUUCAAGAAUAGUGCCUAGCAGGACUGUGCUAAGAUUGUUCCUGUUCAAAGUUCAGCAACGUAACCACUAAGCUUGUGCCUGACUAUUAAGUCAAGAGACUCCUAGCCGGUAGGAGAUUCAUGAAAGGGGUACUCCGGUGAAAACCUUUUUUCUUUUAAAUCAACUGGUGGCAGAAAGUUAAACAUAUUUGUAAAUUACUUCUAU